CUGCAGCUCAGGAAUGUCGUCCAUCAUGAGCUUCUCGGUUAUUCGCGUGCUCGCGUCGUUUCUCUUUCUCGGUCUAUCGACGGCCUCGACUCUCCGUCAAUGUCUUCUCACCGCGGUGCAGAAUGACCCGACUCUGGUUGCCGUCGACGGAGACCUCCUCUACCAGACUCUCGCCGUCCAAGUCUACAACCUCAACUGGCCCGUCACCCCGGCGGCCGUGACCUUUCCCAAGUCCACCCAACAAGUCGCCUCGAUUGUGUCCUGCGCCGCGACACUCGGCUACAAAGUCCAAGCCAAGAGCGGCGGCCACAGCUAUGGCAAUUACGGCCUCGGCGGCACCAACGGCGCCAUCAACAUCAACCUCAAAAACAUGAAAUCCUUCUCGAUGGACUACACCAACUACCAAGCCACCGUCGGCGCCGGCAUGCUCAACGGCGAACUCGACGAUUACCUCCACAACGCCGGCGGUCGAGCCAUCUCCCACGGCACAUCCCCCCAGAUCGGAGUCGGCGGACACGCAACCAUCGGCGGACUGGGCCCAACCGCCCGACAAUACGGAAUGGAACUAGACCACGUCCUCGAAGCAGAAGUAGUCCUCGCCAACGGCACCGUAGUACACACAUCAGCAACCCAAAACCCAGACCUCCUCUUCGCCAUCAAAGGCGCCGGCGCCAGCUUCGGCAUCGUCACCGAAUUCAUCUUCCGCACCGAACCCGAACCCACCUCCGCAGUCCAAUACACCUACACCUUCGACCUCGGAAGCACCUCUUCCCGCGCCAACCUGUUCAAAAAAUGGCAAUCAUUCAUCUCCCAACCAACCCUCACCCACAAAUUCGCCAGUAUCUGCACAAUCCUCGAACACAGCAUAGUCAUCUCAGGCACCUUCUUCGGCACAAAAGCCGAAUACGACGACCUCGGCCUAGCGGAUCAAUUCCCAGGCCAAACCAACUCCUCCGUCAUCGUCUUCACCGACUGGCUAGGCCUCGCAGCCCAUUGGGCCGAGCAAUCCAUCCUUGAUCUAACAGGCGGCAUCCCCGCCGACUUCUACGCCCGCUGUCUCUCAUUCACUGAAAAGACCCCCAUCCCAUCAACCGGCGUCGACCAACUCUUCGAAUACCUCGACACAGCAGACAAGGGAGCCUUGAUCUGGUUCGUUAUUUUCGAUCUCGAAGGCGGAGCCAUCAAUGAUGUCCCCAUGGACGCAACGGGGUAUGCCCACCGGGACACGCUCUUCUGGUUGCAGUCGUAUGCAGUCACGCUGGGGUCGGUGUCCCAGACUACGUACGAUUUUCUGGAUGGUGUGAAUGAGGUCAUUCGGAAUAAUACCCCUGGUUUGGGGAUUGGGGUUUAUCCGGGUUAUGUGGAUCCGAGGUUGGAGAAUGCGCGGGAGGCGUACUGGGGUGAGAAUCUUCCGAGGUUGGAGAGGAUUAAGGAGGUGUAUGAUCCGUCGGAUUUGUUUCAUAAUCCGCAGGGAGUGUUGCCUGCUGGUGCUGGUGCUGCGUAGAUUGGGGGAGGGGGGGUUGGUCGUAUAUACUGUUUAAUUUACUACAAUCUUCUAUUGUAUAGGCAAUGUCAUUAUAUUGAACAUCUACA